UUGAGCAGCCUGCAGGACGAAGCUGGGACGACAUCAUCAUUUUGCGUCGUUUCAAGUCGUCGAACGUGUUCGACUACUUUUCAUUAAAAGUGCAACCAUCGAUAAACCAGCCCUUUACCUACAUCCAGCCUGACCCCUUUCGUCUCGAACCUCAUCCUUCCCCAACGCGACCAUCACCACCAUUACCACCAUGUCUGCAUUCGGUUUUUCCAACGACGAAGACUCGUUCAAGAAGUUCUUCAUGGAAAACGUCAAGAAAGAGCCCGAUGUCAUCUUGACACCCAAGCCUCGUGGUCCUCCCAGCAUCUCGGUCGGAGCGGUGCCUGGCCUCCCCUUCGCGGACCUGCCCGCCGUCACCUGGAUGGCAGGACGCAAGGCACAGCCUGGUGUGCUGCCUACACAAUCUCUCUCCACGACUACCCUGGAGAAGAUCCUGCCGGACGACAACUUCGAGCAGCUGGAGAAGUGGUACAAAUACGAGCGCGUCAAGGCGGAGCUGGAGGAGUGUUAUCGGCCUAGACUGGUGGCCGCGGAGGCAGAGCUCGAGAAAUGGAGGCACAUGACCGAGCACACUGCUGCUGAUGUCGCCGCUACCAGAGAGGGGGAAGACGAAGUUGCUGCAGCAAUGCACGAUGCCAUCCUCGACAGAGCACAAGGCAGAGUCGUGCACUGGAGACCCAUCGUCGAGAGAGAAAGAACGGAGGUCCAGCGUCGCGAGAGGAAGAUCCGUGUCUGGGAACAGCCCGCUUUGGACGCCCAAGAUCUACUCUCCAAGAGACACGGCCCACUUGAUGUCCGCUGGAUACUAGUGUUGUACAUCAAGAUCAGACAGCACAGUUCUGUGAGUGGGAAUGAGCAAAGGAAGAGCGUCGGUCGAUAG